CUCUCCAGGUGUUCAGAGGCGAAACCGCUGUGUAAAGUGUAAUAAAGUGUUUAAUGGAGUGAAAGUCAGAAUAAAAAAAUUCAGUCUCCAACACACAAAUGAGGUUUCGGGUGAAGUUCGUAAAAAUGCCCCUCCCUUCUUCUUAAACUACCCACAAACACCUCUCUGUCUCGCGCGCGCUGGUCAAACAAUAACGAGAAGGAACUGGUCACAAAGAAUUGGGUGCUGUGUUGUGUGAGUGUGUGGACUGGACUGGACUGGACUGGAGUGGAGUGGAACAGGUGCUACGCACCUCAGAACCAGAAGAACAGGUGGCGGGGGAAUGAGUGGGCGGCGGGGGGUCCGUGGGGGGCCAGAACCCCCCAUGCUCCGGCGGCUGAUCGAGCUUCCUGCCCCAGUGCUGACUCGGCACCAGCUGAAGCGUCUGGAGGAGCAUCGUUACAGCAGCGCCGGAAAAUCGCUGCUUGAACCCAUAAUGCAAUGCUACUGGGAGUGGCUGGUGGGCUGCAUGCCCCCAUGGAUCGCACCCAACCUCAUCACCAUCAUCGGCCUCGCCACCAAUGCCUUCACCACGCUUGUGCUCAUCUAUUACUGUCCCACUGCCACUGAACAGGCUCCACUGUGGGCGUACCUGCUGUGUGCUGUAGGUUUGUUUAUCUAUCAGUCUCUGGAUGCCAUAGAUGGGAAACAGGCCCGGCGCACUAAUAGCUCUUCACCACUAGGGGAGCUGUUUGAUCAUGGCUGUGACUCUCUGUCUACUGUGUUCGUGGUGUUGGGUACGAGUAUAGCAGUUCAGUUGGGGACGAAUCCAGACUGGAUGUUUUUCUGCUGUUUUGCGGGAAUGUUCAUGUUUUAUUGCGCCCACUGGCAGACAUACGUCUCUGGAACACUGCGAUUUGGCAUCAUUGAUGUGACUGAGGUGCAGAUCUUCAUUAUGGUGAUGUAUUUGCUGGCUGCAGUGGGCGGAUCUGCUUUCUGGCAGGCUCUGAUCCCAGUAUUAAACAUCCAGAUGAAGAUUAUCCCAGCGCUGUGUACAUUUGUUGGUGCCGUGAUUUGCUGCACUAAUUAUUUUAGAGUCAUUUUCACAGGAGGAGUCGGAAAAAAUGGGUCCACCAUCGCAGGCACCAGUGUGUUAUCUCCAGUCCUGCACAUCGGCUCUGUUAUAUUGCUCGCUAUGAUGAUCUAUAAAAAAUCCGCCGUCCAGCUGUUUGAGAAACACCCCUGUCUCUACAUCCUCGCCUUCGGCUUCGUCUCGGCCAAAAUCACCAACAAACUUGUGGUGGCACACAUGACAAAGAGUGAGAUGCAUCUUCACGACGUGGCGUUCCUGGGUCCUGGGCUCCUGUUCCUCGAUCAGUAUUUCAACAGUUUUAUAGACGAGUACGUGGUGCUGUGGAUCGCACUGGUGCUGUCCCUGUUCGAUCUGGUGCGUUACUGUGUGAGUGUGUGUAACCAGAUCGCCUCACACCUUCACAUCUGCAUCUUCAAAAUUAAACCGCUAGCAGCUCAAUGAGACUCACACACUGCUGCUGAGUGAGUGUGUGGGUGUGUGUCUGUCUGUGUGUGUGUGUGUGUGUGUGUGUGUGUGUGUGUGUGUGUGUGUGUGUGUGUGUGUUUAAAACCGUCAGCGUGCCCGAGGAUGAUCCUGAUUUACAUGAUUUAUAAAAGAUGUGAUUAUAAGUUUAUGGACACUUUAACUGACAAUGGAAAAAAAAGUUGCUUUAUUUAAAUUAUUCUGUACUAAAAGUUACUAAUGCUGUGUGUGUGUGUGUGUGUGUGUGUGUGUGUGCGCGCGUGUGUAAAAACAGGUGCUAAAACUCAUCACGUUUCUGUAAGGAUACUUUAGAAACAGAAUUUUUAAAAUAAAAAAAGCAAAGGAAAAGUUUAGGACAGUAAAUCUGAUCUGUGAUCUUCAUCUUCAUUAUUGGUGUUUUCAUGGCAACCGCCGCUCUUUAGCGUUCAGCUGGUGACCAUCAUCAUCAUCAGCGCUCUGAGAUCACGGGUGAAACGUCCAUUCUGUCCUCCACACACACACACACACACCCACACACACACAGUACAGUUCUUUAGUAGAGUAUUGUGGUAUAGUGUAUAAGUCUGAUGAUGACCAUGUGCCUGGCCGUCUCCUCCUGUUCUCAGUAUUGCAUGUGUUUAUUGUUUAUUGUUUAUUUUAAUUCUGCGUAUCACAAAUUUAAUUUAAAUGUACAACUGAACUAAGUCCAAAUGAACGAAGACUGCUGCUACAGAUGUAUUCAGUUAUAUGUAACUUUGUCCAUCAUAAUUAUAUAUUUUAUUUUAUUCUGUAAAAACAGCUAUCAUCUCUUCUUUCAGGUUUUUUUGUGUAUCAAUAAGUGUGUGUGUGUGUGUGUGUGUGUGUGUUUGUGUUUAAAUCAGAGUCCAGCCAAAAUACAGUAUGAACACAGUGUCCCCUAUGGAUGAUUUACACACACACACAGCUGGAGCCCAGUCUGCUCUAGACUAUACUGUUGGCUAUAGGCUUCCUGUACUGGUCAGCUCCAGUGCAGGACUAAAUAAAGUGACCCACUGAACAUCUGACCUGAGGGACUGUGUUCAGUGUGAAGAGGACAGUGAGGAUGUUUCAUUUAAAAAGUUUUAGUGACAAAGCUCAGCUCCUCAACCUCACUGCAGUUAGGAAUCCCUUCUUUAGUUUAUUGUUCUGACGAAAUCCAGAAAUCCUCUUUCAUUUGUUGAGUUAUUGUGAAUGAAUAUCAGAUCUCCAUGUUCCUGUAUGUUCUGAGUUAUUGUGAAUGAAUAUCAGAUCUCCAUGUUCCUGUAUGUUCUGAGUUAUUGUGAAUGAAUAUCAGAUCUCCAUGUUCCUGUAUGUUCUGCGUAAUUGUGAAUGAAUAUCAGAUCUCCAUGUUCCUGUAUGCUCCACUCAUUAACACUCCACAGCAGCUUCACUCCUUUACCUAGUGUUUAUUUACAUUAGUAAUGUUCUUCCUCUGGGUUAUCUGUACACUCCUGCAGAACACUGAUGCUUCAAAUACGCCACCUUUCACAUGAAUCCUCAGAACUGUGUGUGUGUGUGUGUGUGUGUGUGUGUGUGUGUGUGUGUCUCAUCCUCACACACCCAAACUACUGUUGUCUUUUAUUUUAGUACAUGGGUUAUUGUAAAAACAUAUUUUAUUUAAUGCUGCUUUUGCAUUCUGUGCCUAAGACCCCUGUGUGUGUGUGUGUGUGUGUGUGUGUGUGGCAGUGUUUAAUCUGCCUCAAAUGUUAAAUGGAAUUAAUAAAAAAACAUUUAAAAUUAA